GGCCGUGACGCGUGCAUGUUUGCUGACGCUCGCCUUUCUGUCUGAAUCGUCAUGCGUCGAUGUCCACAGUAUCAUUGGUCGCCAUGAUUCUCCCGCCCGCCCAUGUGGGCGUCCCGAAGACGCAGCCAACACGGACAGAAAUGCGGGAGGCACAUUUCUGCCCGGAUCAGCCACGCCUUCCAGACGCACACAUAGGCAGGGCAGCCAGUCGAAUGAAGAGCUCUCUCAAAGUUGAACGAGCAGCACAGCACGCACAGUACGGAACAAUGUGUUCAGACAGACAGUCCACCUCAAGCAAGCCUUGUCUUCUGCCCGUGCAUCCAAUCACAGCCAUCUCCCGCGUGCACACCCGCCGAACGAUGGCACAUGCAGUGAGCAAUGUCGCUCACUCCCGCGCAUCGGUCGACCUGAGCCCACGCUGUGGACAUGGCUGCACAUGAAUCACACGGACAAGAUAGGAAACCCAGUCGAUUCCCCCUCUCUCACCCACCCAGGUAGUAACUUACGUGACGCCUAAUUGCGUCAUGACACUCCCAAGACAAGACCAACACAAACCGGGCCUGCCCUCCCUCCCUCCCUCACCGGCCGCUUUCAUUUGGCCUCAAUCUUUUUGUCUCCCUCCCCAAUCGCCUUCCCCCCCUCGGGCAGCGCCUUGCCUGCGAGGCUGCCAUACGGCCCCGACGCAGGCUGAGUGAGCGACAGCGUCUUGGUGUGGAGGAACUCGAGAUCUGCGUCGAGGACCUCGGGGUUCUGCGCGACGGUGGGGAUGAGGGCCUCCCUCAGCAGCAGGUGUGUCUGGCAGUCGUACUUCUCCCAGGCGUGCUGCAGGGUGAAGUUGGUGUAGCGUGAGAGGGGCUCGGCGGUGGGAGGGGCGGCUCUGUGCUUCUGGAAGGCGCGCUGCCACCGAAAAAUGUGAGCGAACUCCUUGGCCAGCUCCUUGCCUGCCAUCUCUGCAUGGAACGAACGACACACACUAGAGCUCAGGCGGGUGUGCUCUGCAGGGGAGAUCUCACCCCUCCCUUCUCACCUGAAGAUCUGAGCUCCCUUCAGCCGGUCAAAACCAUUUGAUUGACUUCCAGUGGUUCCCGCAGCGAAGCUCG